UUGAGCAUUUCCCUUCGGUACCUUGCAUUUUAUGAGACGAAACGUCGAUUGGUAUCUUUGCUUUUCAAAUUGUGUUCAUCGUUACCUAUGUUUUGUACAAUUUGUCCUCUUCAUUUUCAAUCGAUUGGUGGGGGAUUACGUCUAUUCGGUUUCGCCGCCGUCCCCCCUUAGUUUCCAGUCGAGGGGCCGUCGGUCGAUCGGCACCCUCAUAACUGGCGGUCAAAAAGAAAUGAGUUCAUUAUGCUGUGGUCAAACUCUUCAGUAUUUUUCUUCUUUGGAGCGCCUGAGAUUGGCUCAGAAUUCUGCCGCUGUUUCUCGACAAGGCCAUAGUGCCGGCAUGCUAGAAGCUAGACCUUAUCAUCCUCUAAGAAAACACUGGGUUCCUCCAACACCUAUCGACCGUGAAGGACGGCCGGUGGGGAAAGCGAACGAUAAGAAAGCACGCAGACGCUUGCAAAGGCCCAUACCUCUCCAGCUUCAAAACCUUAUCACCCUUGAGGAAGCCAAGUGGUUCAUUUCUCUUCCCGAGGCCGUCCGGAGAAAGCAUUUCACGAGGGAAGAGCAAAUUUUGUUGGCCGGUUGUUGUGACAGCUGGAUCCUGGACAGUGCCGACCAAGCACUCUGCAAGGCUAAUCGCCCAUCCACAUCGACUGGGACUUCAUCAGAGCUAUCGUCUUCAGCUCGAUCAUCGACUGAGUUCUCAGACUCGUCGGAGCCUCCAAACUUUCUCUUUACUGAUCCGGAUCCCGACGAGACCAUGAGCCAAUACUCGCCAGACGAAGCAGCAGACCAGGUCCUGGACGACUAUCAUGCAGCUCAAAUGGAUUUUUCAACUACAGCAAAAUCUCGUUCUCGACGACCGUCAUUCCGAAGAACAAUUGCCUUGGGGUCCCGGCCUACUCUACGAACAUCCUUUUCAUCUACCCGCGCUCCGUCUUCACCCGUUUCCCCCCGAUCUUCUGUCGCCCCGGAUUUUAAAAGCCACAAGUCGCGCUCGUCGUACGCGCCCAAGAGUAUCCGUCCUGCACCCGUCAUUGUUGAGCCCGAGGCCAAAUAUUAUCAAGAUCCCGAUGCUCGACUGAAGCUGCGAGUGUACCUUGGCUCGCCACAAAAGUUUGACGAGGCGCUUGAGUUUGGAUUUCCUACUACGGACCGGGCAUCCAAUGGCCCCCAGCAAAUACGGACCGAGACUCGACCCGCCAAGAUUCAUCCAGAGACAUUCCUUGCAGAAAAGGACACGUCCUUUCUGGACGAUCCCGACGAAGAUGCUAAAGCCGAUGAUGAUGAUGAUGAUGACGACGACGACGACGCCGACGCCGAGGACGAUGAUGACGAUGGUCCUUCUGAAGAUGACAAUGACGUUCCGGCAACACCAUGCGAUACCGAUGGCAGGUUCCGUUCAGUUUAUCCACUUCCUUCGAUCAAAUCUACGUCGACCGAUUCUCGACCGUCGCGUUCGACGGUUGGCCGGAACCAAAUCGAUCCACUUGCGCCGACUCUGGUCGGUCACCGUGAGAUGACUCUGCGGAUGACAUUGACUCGGCCUGACCUCCGUGCUGACGAGAGCCUGUUGUAUGGCUGGCAAGACAAGGUUAAUGAUGACCCGCUUGCUCUUGAAGAAUUGCCGCCCAUGACGGACGACACUGAGGGCACAUCUGGACCCUUUGGCCCCGAUGGUCGCGGUUCCUCCAAGGACGGCAGUGUCGUUCGCAAAAUUUGGAGCAAAGUGCGAUCAAAGAAAUGAAUUGCAUGAUUUUCCUCGCUCCAUCUGUUUUCUAUUUCUUCCAUUCGCUUCGAUCCACCUCUUAAAUUCUCUCCAUAUUUGCUUUUUCUUAACUCUCUUGCUGCGCUUCAGCGUCUUAUCUUUUGAGCGCCAACUUUGUACGACCUUGUAGGCACGGAACAGCCACCACUAGGAACCAUAUCUUUUACUCAUACAUGUCUGGGGGAUUAUUGACGGAGUUUGCACAUACUUU